AUGGCGCCUCGUGUUUUCAAGACGCUGCUGCACUUCGUCUACAAGGAUUGCCUCCCCGCCAUGGACAACCUCGAUGGCAGCGAGUAUGAAGAGAUGGGGAAGCAUCUGCUUGCCGCUGAGGAUAGGUACGGCAUGGAGAGGAUGAAGCUCAUGUGCGAGAGCAUCCUCUGCAACAGGCUUUCUGUCGAGACAGUGGCCGCCAGUCUUGUUCUUGCCGAUCAGCAUCACUGCGGCAAGCUCAAAGAUGCUUGCAUUCGAUUCAUCGACUCUUCGAAUAGAAUGGAUAAUGUGGCAGCAAGUCAAGGCUACGAGAACCUCAAAAGAGCAUGUCCUGUUCAGCUGUUCUUACAGCUGAAUUGUGGGAGAAAUCCGCGAAAUCUCGCAAGCUGUAGUUUUUUGCUUCAGUCAUUCAAGGUUAACAUUUAA